CGUCGAUGAGAAAUACACAACACACGGUCGUAUGUACGGCUCUCAUGACUACAUCAAUUCGUGUUCGCAAGCAUAGCAUUUAUUCAACUUGUACCUAUCGCAACGAUCACACGCGGACCGUUUUAGAGUCGACAGUGUUUUAUAUACAAAUCCCAACAAUUUUUUCUUACUAUUCGAGUGUACUACAUCGUUCAUUCGAUUUCGUUUCAUUUUGAUUGAAACCAAUUAUCUGCUUUUAUAUAACAUACAGACCAAUGGAAAAAUUGAAAUAGAAUUUCUAACCGAAACUUAGACAAAUAAACAGUGUGUAAUUUUUCCGAGAGAGAAAUUCGAGUAGAAAUAAUGUUAUUUCAUUUCUGUUCAAGUGUUUGAAAGCUAAACCGUUUUGUGUCAGUUUUGUCAAUUCAGUCAGCUACAGAAUUGAGAAAUUAGAACAUCAGUGUGGGCAAACAAAACGAGAUUAAUUGCCAAAAUUAUAAAUACAAUUGCAGAGAAGCGAGAGAUUUUCAUUUUUGUGAAAUAAAUAAGGAGAAAAAAAAUAUCAAAAGUUCAAGUUCCACUAAAUUGGUGUGUUAAAACAACAGUAAUAGAAGAAGCAAAAGAGAAAAAUCUUAAGAGAAGAGUCAACUAGAAAAUCGAGCACCAGAUUUUUAACGUCAGAACGGAAAACAUAAAUCAAAAAAAAAUACGAUACUAAAAGAGAACCAACGACAAAACCGAACCAAGUAACAUAACAACCGAGAAGUGCAUUUGACAUAAUAAAUUGGGAAGAAAAAUUAAAAGGUUUUUCCUCCUCAACUGAUAAACGAAACGAAAGAAAAAGAAUAACGAAGCCAGCACAGUUCUAUCCAAAGAACUCUCCGAUUGGAUUAAUUUGAAUAUACCCGAAUCCAUUUAAUUUCAAUACAGCCACUUGAUUAUACAUUCAUUUUGGAUUUUUUCGAUUGCAUUUGAUAUCCGAUAUUCCGAAUGGUUAUGUCAAUCGUUAAAUGUUGAAAAUAAAAAAGAAGCAUUUGUGUUUGUGUGACGACGAGAAAUUUCAUUGAGGAGCAACACCAUUCAUUGGUUGUAUUGUGAAAGUUUUCGAGCAUUUCCAGCGGUGGCGCUCGUUUGGAAUUCGAAUUGACCGAGCUUGUCGCAAGUGAACAAACUAGUGAAAUGAAAAUGCGAAUCAAAAGAGACUCACCAUGCUUAGUGUUAAGAUUCAUGCCAUUAGGAAAUCACAAAGAUUACAAUAAACAACGACACAAAGAACCACAGUCACCAUGUGAAGAAUCAAUAAUUCCCCCUGGUUCACGAGUACCAUUGGCCAGAAGCUGUUCUAGUCCCGCUGCUACAUACGAUAUCGAAACACAUCCUGCAUCCACAGUAUUUCCAUUUUUGUUGCUGGGGAAUGGACGUGAUGCGGUCGAUCCAACAAGUGUUGGUGCAAAUUGUGUAUUAAAUGUUACCUGCCAACCGAACUCAAAACCAUACCCAGGCCUAGAAUACAAACAAAUACCAGCCAGUGACACACCACACCAAAAUAUCAAACAAUACUUUCAAGAGGCCUACGAUUUCAUCGAGGAUGCACGGCUCAAAGGAUCAACCGUUUUGUUGCACUGUCAAGCGGGCAUUUCACGAAGCGCAACCAUUGCGAUAGCGUAUGUGAUGCGAUACAAAUCAUUGUCGCUGCUGGAAGCGUAUAAAUUGGUGAAAUUGGCACGGCCAAUCAUUUCGCCCAACCUCAAUUUUAUGGGACAAUUACUGGAGUUGGAGCAAAAUUUACGUGCGGCCGGCAAAUUGGAGCCACUACCGCCCGCAUCCGCAUCGAACAGCUCCGAUUCGGAAAUGGAAAAUGAAGAAGACGAUGAUGUGUUUACCGCACGAUUAAUUCACAAUAAAUUUUCGGCAAAGUCACGUAUCUCAUUACCCGAUUGCUCUUCAACAUCAUCAUCGUUGUCCUCGUCAAAGUCACCAUCAACGAGUUCAACGCUGUCACCGAUUGACGAACGAGACUAAAACAAUACACACAAUACAAACCAUUUUUUUAAUAUAUACACACACAUCAACCACAACAAUAAAAUUGAGAGAGUCAAAUCAAAUUAUUUGUAUGGCCGCCGAUCAUUCGUUCGAUGAUCAAUUUCUGUGUGAGGGUGGGAAAAAUCAAAACAAAACGUAUCGUUCGCUGGCACACGAUGAUAAACGUGCUAAUUAGUCAAACCAACCAACUGAUCUUCGUUGUAGUAAAUUACAUAUUUGUUCGUUUUUUCUUUUGGUUUUAUGUAACAUUGUAGCUAGUCCUUGUGUUCGCAUCACCUUUUUGAGAGAAAUGAAAGAAAAACUGACACAAACAAAAGAAAUGAUUUUGAUAUACACCAUGAAAUGUGCAGCUAUACAUUUCAAGUACAUGUACGACACGACUUUCUUCUGUUUUGCACGGUUUUUUUUCUCUUUUUUUAUUUUUUUUAACUAGCUACAGAACGAAAUUUAAGCCAUAAAUUUUGCCAUAUAUAACAAUAACUUCUUGCGUGAGUCAAAACGAAAAAAAAAAAAUACAAAUAUCGAUGAAAAAUGUUGAUUAAAUUUUAGUUUUUAUUGAUGUCAAAAACGUAUCAAAUCAAUGACCGAAAGCCAUCGAUGCAACCAAAACUCUUAUCAUACAAAGGAACAUAUAACCUUUUUUUUAUCAUGAUUUUUAUAAAAGAAUGAAAUACUGAAUGAAAUCGAAUAAAUAGCCCAAGUUCAAGUGUUGAAUUUGAGGCAUUUUGUA